CCAAAAUGGGUACUCGAUUAGAAGUUAUUGGAUUAAAAGACAUCCAGCAGUUCCAGCAGCUCUACAAGCAGAACUGGCCGAAAUAUUGCCAGGAAUACUACUGCCUUGAUAACUUCGUGUCAUUCCUGAAAAAACAACCCCACAUGAGGAACAUUCAGAUGUACACAUUGGAUACAAAACAAGCCAGAGACGAAGGUCUUUUUGUCAUAGUGGAUCGCUAUCAACUAUUUGUAGGUUGCCUAACCAACACAAACGGCCUUGUUAGAUCAGCUUUGGAUUUAUUGGACUGGUCGACGGGUCUGAAAUGCAGUUCAAUACCCUCCAGACACAUUGAUGCCCUGGAUGGCCUGGUGGAGUCUAAGGGGUUAGGCCUGGUAUUCAGGGACUACACGAAUUUGUAUUUUAUGAAAGCUGAGGACGCUCUCAAGCUAAAAGUUGAACCCCCAGAUGGAUUUGUUCUAAGGCCCCUGAGCGUGGCAGACGCUCCUUUGGUUAACGAAGAGUGGCCCAACCAUCAUGUGGGAUCUUUGUUCUUCAUAGAAAGACAGAUUCGCCUGUGCGUCAGUGUUGGAUUGUACCAGGAGGACACCCAAGAACUAGUUGCCUGGUGCAUCAGGUUGCAAGGCGGCUACUUGGGCGCCCUGCAGGUGAAAGCUUCACACAAACGUCGGGGAUUCGGCAGUGUCGUGACGAGGGAAAUCGCAUACCGCCUAGCCGCUGAGGGUCACGAUGUAAUGGCCCUCGUGGGCCCCUUGAAUAAGCCCUCAUCCGAGGUGUUCAGCAAACUUGGCUUCCAGGUCAUCGACCAGUGCCUUUGGCUAAGGACCGAACCCACCAAGGGCGAGUUCACCUGGCCCGAGGGCGAGUAGUUGGUGUUUAAAUGUCUGUAUUAAAAUAUUACGACUUUUGGUUGUAUAUGAAUACAAGUUUGGUAUAAAAAUAUGCCGAGGCAUUUUGCUAUGCUUAUUCUAAAA